AUGACAAGAGAUUUGAAUACCUACGAUUGGAGUGAACUAGGAUAUUAAAUUACAGCAUGGGCAGUAUUUCAUUGCUUUAUAAUUUUUUAUGAAUUUGACUAUUUGUUUAAAGGAAAAUCAUAUACUGAAAAAAGAGAGUCUAGAUAUAAAUAUUUUGACAUAAUAUAGUCAAUCAUUGGAAUGAUCUAUUCCUUAUAAAAUUUAGACUCAGGUUUAGAAGUUUUCUUACUUUUUUUUUUUUUAAGCAAUUUGUCUUUAAGCGUAGUUGAAUUAAUUAAAUAAAGAUGUUCAAAUGAGAUAAAAAGCGAUUAUUUUGAAGAAGGAGGAUCGAAAGAAUUUUGUGGUGGUUUGUUUAUGGGAUCCUUAACGGUGGGUAUUUAUUUAAUAGAAAUUAUGAAAAAAUAUAAGUAGGAAUUACAGGAUUAAGAUGAAUUGAAAUUUUAUUUGAUUCUCACAAUUGUUGGGGAAUUUAUACUAGUUGGUUUGUCUUUUUGCCUCAUUUUUAAUCCCAAAUUUACUCAGGCAAGAAAGUGUUCAAAAUAACUUUUAGGAUUUGCUUAUGGCUUCAAUUUUGGAUUUUUCAGUAUUUUUUAUGGAUUUAUCCUUGGCCUAUUUGUAUUUAUUAGUUUGAUUAUUUUAUGUUACAGGAGUGGAAAAUCAAUAUCAACAAGAGUGCAUUCAAUUAAUGAGUGA